AUGACUAUCCCUCUUUCUUCGCUUCCCCCCUGUGUAUCCGAGAUCGAAACUGAAGGACAAAAGGCGAGCCAGACAUCAACUCCCUUCAUCCCCUCCUCUGGCGAGAUACAGAAUUCUGGACGCAUACCUUCACUACUACCACAAGCACAAACACAACCUCUUGUUCAGCAAGAGGCGCCUGGCAGUCUGCAGCCAGCUAUCAAUACCAUACCUGAACAAUCCCAAUAUCGACAAUUCACCCCGCGACGUGCCGUAGACGUGAAUAAGGAUCCCACCACUUUUUUUUCAAAACGACAGCUGCCCUAUCAUCGGCCGAGCCAGCAGCAACAGUUUCAGCUACAGCAGCGGCAGCAGAUCGACGGUGGAUCAACACGCGUUUCCACCUUAACCUAUCCCAUGCUCCAUGGUAGCCAGCCGGGCCCUGUCUACAAUUUCGAUGCUUGCUCGUCAUCAACGUGGCCCCAGGGUGUGCCCGACUGUGAGACUCCACUCUCCCCAAUCUCCGCCCAAUCAGCAGCAUCUGUUGCCUCCUCUUCCUCAUCCUAUACUUCACAGCGGUCGAUGUCCUCCACCCCCAUUCGCAUGUCCUCAAACGCUGCUCAGUUCUCGACAUCCUUCCCCGUGCUUUUGAACCCCUCUGUGAAACGAAAGGCAGCCUUCUCAGAUCCGUCCUCAUCCUUAGCUCCUCGCAAACGACUUUCACCUUCGCCAGAAGCAACCUCCUCCCAACAAACGCCCGGCACAGGAAGGGCCCAAGCAUUCGUUUUCAUUAUAGCACACGAAGCGUUUAUUGCUGAACAGAUGGCGCAUCCCGAUAAUUGGCCCGUCUUAACAGCCUUAGGCAAAAACAGGAAGCACAAACGUUCGAAGAAGGAUGUUUACGCAGAUAUCACCGAGAAGUUCAGCAAUCGUUUCACAACCCAGGACUGCACGGUGACACUGGGAGAAAAUCAGAUGAAAAACAAAGUCGAUAACAUGUACCGGAUCUUCAAAAAUGAGCUGAAGCGCUACGACACAACUGGCAACGGCAAUACACCUAAUGGCCCAACGCUGAAUGAGGAGACCAUCGGCCGUUGUCAUUACUUCUUCACCCUGCUCAACGCCGGUAAGCCCACCACCGGGAACAUUAAACCCCGUCAUUUCGAUGAAAACCUCUCUACCGUGAUGUCCAAGCCCAACGCUGUCUCUGGCCCUGAAGCUGCCGCCCUGUACGGCGUUGACGACGAUAGCUUGACGGACGUUGACGAUGGCGAUAUCACCCCUCCAGACGGCCUUAUUGCUAUGACGAGACAGACGCAGCAUUCGCAACAGAAGUCAAAGAGUAAUGGAGGCGCACUCGGUGGAUUGGAGACGCUUGUAGAUCUUCUGCGCCAACAGUCUGAUCAGAAAAAUGAGAUUCUGCGCGAACACAACGCAGAGCAACGGAUGUUGAUGCGCGAACAGCUUGAACGACAACGCAUGACGGACGAGGCUAGACUCUUGUUAGAGCAACAGAGAUUCGCUCAAGAGAGGAGCAAGGAUGAUCACGAGGCGAUACUACGUCAGUUGGAUAUCAAGAGAAGGGAGCAGGAGCUUGAGGAGAUAAGAUUGAAGAAUAUGGAGAGAGAAAUCGCAUUGGAGGAGAGAGAAAUGGCACUGAAGGAAAGGAGGCAAAACAUGCGACGGAUGAACAAUGAGGAGAAUAAAGAACUUUUAUUGGAGCAGGAAAUGAAGCUGGAUGGCACAGGCACGGUGCAGAGCAAAGUGAGAGCAAGGUCCCAGAGCAAGUCGCCGAAUAGGUCACCCAACAAUUCCCCGUAG